GGCACACUUUCGUCCGGAUCCCAGAUCAGGUUGAACGGCGGAGGAGAGAGGGCGCUGCAGGUCUGGUUUAACUCGCAUUCAUGAAAGGCAGCCAAAUCAGCACAGUGCACGUCCCCGAGUGCAAGGAGUGUGCUAGGUAGCUAAGCUAACCGUCUACAGCUAGCAAACGUUUCGUUGUUUUUUUUGUUGUCUCUUUUUUUUUUUUUUUUACAGUGGAAAGGACACUCGCGUCUCUUACUAAACCACUGAGCUGAGAAGACUUGCAUCUACAAUAAGAUGAAGAAGUGGACAGACUCGGGGUUCUUUUUUGUUUACCUCUUAUUUAUUAUUCUCUGUUUGUCUUCAGCGUUCUAUCUUCCGGGUUUAGCGCCGGUCAGUUUUUGUGAAGAGAGUAAAGGAGGGGAUGCCUGCCAGACGAGCAUCCAGCUGUUUGUAAAUCGCUUGGAUUCUGUAGAAUCAGUUCUGCCCUACGAGUACGAUGUAUUUGACUUUUGCAAAGAUGCUGAAGAGAAAAGGCCAUCUGAGAACCUUGGACAGGUACUGUUUGGUGAAAGAAUUGAGACUUCACCAUACAAGUUCAACUUCAAUCAAGAGGUGAAAUGCAAACCUGUUUGCACAAAAUCCUACAAGAAGGGCAAUCAGGAGGAUGCAGCAAAACUGGAUUUCCUCAAGAGAGGAAUGUUGCUGAACUAUCAGCACCACUGGAUCAUUGACAACAUGCCAGUGACAUGGUGCUAUGAUGUGGAGGAUAGUCAGAAGUACUGCAACCCGGGCUUUCCCAUUGGCUGCCUUGUUACCUCAGAUGGCCGAGCUAAAGACACAUGUGUUAUCAAUUCGGAGUUCAAUAAGAAGAACACAUUCUACGUCUUCAACCAUGUGGACAUUAAGAUCACUUACCACAGUGGAGCAACAGAGGGAUGGAAAGGGGCUCGGCUGGUGGCUGCCACUUUAGAGCCAAAGAGUAUCAAACAUGUGGACGAGAAAAACCCAACUUGUGAGGGAGUCAGCCCCAUGGAGAUUCCUGGGGAAUUUGAAAAUGAAGUGACCGUAACUUACACUUACUCUGUCACCUUUGAGCAAAAUAAUUCCAUCAAAUGGGCAUCUAGGUGGGACUACAUCCUGGUUUCCAUGCCCCAUACCAACAUCCAAUGGUUUAGCAUAAUGAACUCUUUGGUCAUUGUCCUCUUCCUUUCUGGCAUGGUAGCCAUGAUCAUGCUCAGAACUCUGCACAAGGACAUUGCCAGAUACAACCAGGUGGACCAGGCCGACUCGAUAAAGAUUUCAUCGGCCCUAGGAAAAACCUCAGUGUCAUAUGAGGAUGCCCAGGAAGAGUCAGGCUGGAAACAGGUUCACGGAGAUGUGUUCCGCCCCCCCAGGAAGGGCAUGUUGUUGUCCGUGUUCCUGGGACAAGGCACCCAGAUCUUCAUUAUGACCUUCAUCACACUCUUCCUGGCCUGUCUGGGUUUCCUGUCCCCAGCCAACCGAGGCGCUCUGAUGACCUGUGCUGUGGUCCUCUGGGUUUUGCUGGGAACCCCUGCUGGCUACGUGUCCGCACGCCUAUACAAAACUUUCGGAGGUGAGAAAUGGAAGACCAAUGUUCUGCUGACAGCCCUCUUGUGCCCUGGAAUUGUGUUUGCUGACUUCUUCCUGAUGAACCUGAUUCUUUGGGUGGAGGGCUCCUCGGCAGCAAUCCCCUUUGGCACUCUUGUGGCCAUUUUGGCUCUGUGGUUUGGGAUCUCUGUGCCCCUAACCUUCAUCGGUGCCUAUUUUGGAUUCAAGAAGCCUGCUAUGGAGCAACCAGUGCGAACCAACCAGAUCCCCCGUCAGAUUCCAGAGCAGUCAUUCUUUACCAAACCCAUCCCUGGCAUCAUCAUGGGGGGCAUCUUGCCCUUCGGUUGCAUCUUCAUCCAGCUUUUCUUCAUCCUUAACAGCAUUUGGUCUCACCAAAUGUACUACAUGUUUGGGUUCCUGUUCCUGGUUUUCAUUAUUCUGCUCAUCACCUGCUCUGAAGCCACAAUCCUUCUUUGUUAUUUCCACCUGUGCGCUGAGGACUACCACUGGUGGUGGCGCUCCUUCCUGACCAGCGGCUUCACAGCAGUCUAUCUGUUUAUCUAUGCCGUCCAUUACUUCUUUUCCAAGCUGCAGAUCAUUGGGGCAGCAAGCACCAUCCUCUACUUUGGCUACACCAUGAUCAUGGUUCUCAUCUUUUUCCUCUUCACGGGUACUAUUGGCUUCUUUGCCUGCUUCUGGUUUGUAAAUAAAAUCUACAGUGUGGUCAAGGUGGACUAACAGGCAGAGGAAGAGACUGACCCUUUGCUCUCCAACUACUGGCCUUCUCGGUUUUGGUUUUGAGAGGAAACGGUCUGAAAGGACUCUUGACUAAAACCUUUGCUAAUCUCGUAAAAGAUCUGAAGAGCACAGCCGUCCUCUUUGUGCUUGAAACCUAUGUGGCUUUUGUUUUUCACUUAUUUCAUGUACACUGUCAACCAGUAAUUAGCUUUGAUAUGAAUGGCACCUUGAACAUGCAAGGAGAGUUCCAAAGAUCUGACUGCCAUAGUGGGCUGCUUGUUUUGGUGGAUUUAAAACAGCAGAUUUUAAGUUACUUUUUUUCAUUUUCUUUUUUUUUCUUUUCUUUUUUUUU